CGUCAGCGCCCGCCGCGCCAUGUGCCGCCGCCGGGCGCCGAGCCGGGCUGCCAGCAGCCUCCCGCGGCCCUUGCUUGCUGCCGCCCUGAACGGUGCGUGACCCGGCGGCGCCGGGAGAGACCUCGCCGCCGCGCGGGAGAAAAAACAAAAUGAAGGAACUAGUGUCAAACAACACAACCAAUAUAUCUCAAGCCAGGAAAGCCGUGGAACAAUUAAAAAUGGAAGCAUACAUGGAUAGAAUGAAGGUAUCCAAGGCUGCAGCAGAUCUGUUGGCAUAUUGUGAUGCUCAUAUUGCAGAAGAUCCCCUCAUUAUUCCAGUGCCUGCAUCUGAAAAUCCCUUUAGGGAGAAGAAACUCUUUUGUACUAUCCUUUGAGUUAGUUUUCAAUUGAAAAUGUAAUCAGCUAAAAUUUGCUAUCAGUGUUGCAUGCAUUUAUUUUUAGCAUUUUUUUCUGGAGAUGUCAAUACUUAACCUUUAAGUACAAUAUUUUUAGACAAUAGUGCAUUUUCUGGUUAAAAAAAAAAUAAACCCCAGAAAUUGUAAAAAGUUCAAGGUAACUCUUGUCUUUCAGACCAGUGUACAAGUUUAAUUCUAGUUCCUCAUAAAGAUUCCUUUGGUCUUAAUGAAAGUAUUGAGUACAGUAUCAAAUUGUAGAUAUAUUUGCCAGUCAUAGAUUCUUCUGAAACCCAAAUGAGUUAUACCAAUUCUGAAGCAAUUUGUAUAAUUCUUAUUUUUUUAGGAAGGUGUAUUUAAUUCAUUUGCCUUUACAAAUUUGUAUCUAAAAAGAGUAGUGUGACCUUUCCUAAAGGAGCACUGUGUAGGAGGAAGUGUCAAUGAUUUUGGAAGAAUCAGUCUUAUACAGUAAGUGGUGUUUAUAAAUAUGUUUUGUGAAGACUGUAAUAAACUAGAUUACAAAAACAAUCUUAGUAAAGCAACGUUGUAACUACAAGCAAAAUUAAGAUGUAUAGUUACACACCAGGACUGCAUCAAUAAAACUGUAGAAAAAAUGCAUCAGUAUCUUAUAUUGAAUUAUAAUGAUUCAAAUUAUUUCAGAAAGUAAACUGAACUGUAAUAUAUCAGCUGUUCCUGAGGGUCUUGGGGAGGGUGAUGAAUUCUGCCCUGAUAAGUAGGGGGAGGGAAAUUACAUUUCCUAAGUAGCUCUUUACGUGCUUUCACCCAUGAGAGUAAGAGCUUAUGGGGGUGGGGAGUAGUGGUAAAAAUAAAUGUUGUUCUAGAAUAUGCAGCCAGCCGACUAUGCCAUUGGCAGCCACUAAGUUUGCAUUUUUUGAAGCCACAGGUUAGUAAUAAGGUGAGUUACCAACAAGUAAUUUGUGGAGGUUCUGUGAGGUUUUUUGUUUUGACUUUGUUUAAAGUGCAGUGGGAGGAAGAGGAUGAGAUAUGGAAUAUGACUGACCUGUAUUCUUCCUUAAGUAAAAUAAAGCCCAAUCAAAGCAUAUGAUGGAAACAAGUGUUACGUUAUGGACUUUGGUUGGGUUUUCUUGAAAAUUCUCCUUAAAAAAAAGUGAAAAUUCCUCUGGUGUAGUGAGUUCUCUCACUACAGUAUUGUCUAUGUGCAGUGUGUCACUAUACUGGAAAUGUCACUCCUCAGAAAUGCCUGUGAAGUCAGCCCCACACAUAAGGUGGGAGACAAGUUUUUUGGAGUCCCAACUAAGUUGAGGCUCUGAACAGGGGCUUAUAAUGGAAUAUGGUUCCUCCCCAGAAAUUUAUAUUCUAUGAGCAUCUUAAAUGCAAGGCAAAGACUACUUGAGGAACUGAGGGCCUUGGGGUAUACUGAAAUGCUAGCUUCAGAUGCUAAAAAAAGGGCCAUUUUGUGAAAUAGCUCAAAGUGCACUUACCUUCUCCACCUUAUUUUUAACAGCAUCCAUCACUGUUUGUUGUAGUGUUUUGUGCAAGGGCAAUACAAGAUGUUUUGCAUUGUAGAGGUGGUGUUUUCUUUGCUAGCCAAUGUGGCUAAUGUGCUGUUCCCAGCUGCAUUCAGCUACUGGCCUAGUCCCACCAGACAGGUGGCUUUGUACCGUAGUUCUGCUUUGCGCCAGCUCAUUCAGUACAUCUGCCAAACACAGGCCCUCUGUGUUAAUUUACCUCUUGUAAAGCCCCAAUAUUCCUUUUAAUCAGUGGGGAAUUUUGGCAUGUCAUUCAUUUAAAGAUUUGGGGUUUAAUUUGACAGCUGAAGACAACAGUAAUCUAGUAGGCACGGAGGUGCUUCACAGUACCUGUUCUGAAAAACAUUCCAAUAUCUUGACCAGGUCUUGGCUAGGUUCACCUUUCAUUCCUAUUUCAAAAUUUUCA